UUGAAACAACGGUUUGACAGCUGAAUGAAAGAAACGCGUUGAUUGGUUUAGCCAUGCCGUCUAAAACCCGGAAGUUGUCGUUUCUCUUGAGCACGCGCAGUCCUUUACCGUCCGACCUCUGGCACAGUCUGAUUAACUCGAGGUAGUCGUGUCUGUGUAUUGGAACACUUUAUCCCAUCAUUAUGUACGCCUGUGCUAAAUUCGUCUCCACCCCUUCACUGUUGCGUGCUGGAGCGCGUGCUCUCUACAGACCCCUCGCUGCUAAUGUGGUGUCAGGACGCGAUGCUGGCAGCGUGGAGGCUCCCUCGUUCCUGGCCUCCCAGCAGCAGGUGGCGCUCCGUGGCCUCCAGACCAGCGCAGUGAGCCGGGACAUUGACACUGCUGCUAAGUUUAUCGGAGCAGGCGCUGCCACAGUGGGCGUCGCCGGGUCCGGCGCCGGGAUCGGCACUGUGUUCGGCAGUCUCAUCAUCGGAUAUGCCAGGAACCCAUCUUUGAAGCAGCAGCUGUUCUCCUAUGCAAUCUUGGGCUUUGCUCUCUCUGAAGCCAUGGGUCUCUUCUGUCUGAUGGUGGCUUUCCUCAUCCUCUUCGCCAUGUAAACAAAUCCUCUUCCACAACAACCUCUACUAUUGGUCCAUACCGUCAUCAUGACUACCAGAGCAGCACUUGAAUAUACUCAUCAUAUAUAUAUAUAUGUAUGUAAUGUAUGUAUGUAUGUGUAUAUAUGACUAUGACACACACAGCAGCCACUACUGUAGGUUAAUUUAAACUAUGAUACUAGUCCUAGUUUCAACUAGACUAGGAUCCUAGUAAAGGCUAGACUGAUCCAAGUCAUUGAGAAUGAAUCAUGGACCCACUCAUGUCUCUCUGUCUGUAGUGCUGGCUGUUUUUAAACUGGUGGAUUUAUAAUGGCAUUGUUUAUUGUACCUUUGUUGUUAAAAGAAAAUGGAAUAUAACACACUAAAAUAAAUGUAUUUCAAUCAUUUGAAA